AUGUUGUUUGAGAUUGGUGGUGAUGGUAUUCUGAGAUAUCAGGGGAGAUUAUGUGUGCCAGAUGUAGAUGGUCUGCAAAAACAAAUCCUUGACGAAGCUCACACUUUGAGAUACGUUGUUCAUCCAGGCUCUACAAAGAUGUAUCAUGAUUUAAAAGCUAUAUACUGGUGGAAUAAUAUGAAACAUGAUGUGGCUAACUUUGUUGCCAAGUGUUUAAAUUGUCAGCAAGUUAAAACGAAUGGGCAAGCUGAGCGCACCAUUCAGACCCUUAUGGAUAUGUUGAGAGUCUGUGUAAUUGAUUUCAAAGGUAGUUGGGUAGAUCACUUGCCACUAAUAGAGUUUGCAUAUAAUAAUAGCUACCAUGCCAGUAUUAAGAUGGCUCCUUUUGAAGCACUGUAUGGAAGAAGAUGUAGGUCUCCUAUAGGGUGGUAUGAAGUGGGCGAGACUCAGUUUUUUGGGCCUGAUCUUGUUCACCAGGCAAUGGAAGAUGUGAAACUUAUUAGAGAACGACUUAAGACAGCUCAGAGUGGACAGAAAUCCUAUGUCGAUGUUAGAAGAAGGGAUUUAGAAUUCGAGGUUGGCAAUUGGGUGUUUUUAAAAGUCUCUCCUAUGAAGGGAGUCAUGCACUUUGGGAAGAAAGGUAAGUUGAGUCCUCGCUAUAUAAGACCAUACAAAAAGUGUAUUGGAGACCAUUCUUUAAUGUUACCCAUAGAAGAGAUCAAAGUGUCGGACUCCUUAUCCUAUGAAGAAGAGAUUAUAGCAAUCUUAGAUCGUCAAGUUAAAAAAUUAAGGAGUAAAAAGAUUGUCUCAGUUAAAGUGUUAUGGAGAAACCAGAAAAUUGAAGAAGCUACUUGGGAAUCCAAGGAUGACAUGCGAGCCAGAUACCCAAGCUUGUUUGAUCUAGCGAAUGACGAAAUAAAAGAUAGAGCUAUUGCAUAUAGUGCUUCAGCACCUACUGCUGCACCUAGUGUUGCUACAUCUACUACUGCAGCUAGUGUUGCUGCACCUUCUGCUGCUCAACCUAGUGCUGCUGCAGGUAGUGUUGCUUCACCUAGUGCUGUUGCACCUAGUGCUGUUGCACCUAGUGUUGCUGCACCUAGUGCUGUUGCACCUAGUGCUGUUGCACCUAGUGUUGCUGCACCUAGUGCUGAUGCAGUUGAUGAUGUAGAUAUUGGUCCUGCUAGAAGUGAUUUUUCAGAAGAAGAAGUAGAGGGUUCUGAUUACUCUACUGAAGAUAGUGUUGAUUUAGAAGAAGAAUUAGUUAGAGGUGAUGAUAAUGAAGAGUAUGGUAGUGAUGUACAUGAGGAAGUUAGGGAGUUGAGAGUUGAAAAAGAGAAGUUUCAAAGGAGAAAAAGAAAUGAGAGAGUACCAGCUGACAAUGCAGAGGUAUCAGUAGGUGAAGCAGGAUUAGGUCUAGGGUUUAAUGACACUAAAACAGGUAAAGUCAGUCAUGAAGGCAGGUUGGGAAGUGAUGAGCCUUACUUUACAAGUUUUGAUGAGGGGAGUUUUGAGUUAGAUGAAGAUGACUGUUGUGCUGAUGAAGAACAUGAUGUGCUUGCAUCUAGUAGGGCAAGAUCUAUUAAGUUGUCAAGAAAAAAAAGGACAACAGCCCAGAAAAUCAUUCAUGACCCAACUGCAAAGGAAGUUGUUUAG